UUCCAGGGUCGUACUGUUUACCUGGCCAGCAGAACAUCUUUUUACUUCAAGACGUUUGAUGCUCCCAAUCUCUGAAUUCUGGUGUUGAUGUUGAAUAUGCCUUAUUAGCAUAUUAAAAUGGCUGUACCCAAAGACGCCAUCCCUUCCCUGUUGGAAUGCCAGUGCCAGAUCUGUGUGGAAAUCCUAAUUGAGCCUGUGACACUCCCUUGUAACCACACGCUCUGUAAACCAUGCUUCCAAUCGACUGUCGAAAAGGCAAAUUUGUGCUGUCCCUUCUGUCGCCGCCGGGUCUCUUCGUGGACUCGGUACCAUACCCGAACAAAUUCUCUUGUCAAUACGGAACUGUGGGAGAUAAUUCAAAAACACUAUCCAGAGGAAUGCAAGCUUAGAGCCUCUGGGCAAGAAUCAGAGGAAAUUGUUGAUGACUAUCAGCCAGUUCGCCUAUUAAGUAAACCUGGGGAAUUAAGAAGAGAAUAUGAAGAGGAGAUAAGCAAGGUGGAGGCAGAGCGACGAGCCAAUGAGGAAGAAGAAAACAAAGCCAGUGAAGAAUACAUACAGAGAUUACUGGCAGAGGAGGAAGAAGAGGAAAAGAGACAGGCAGAAAAAAGGCAAAGAGAGAUGGAAGAACAACUGAAAAGUGAUGAAGAGCUGGCAAGAAAGCUAAGCCUUAAUAUUAACAAUUUCUGUGAGGGAAGUAUCUUGGCUUCACCCUUGAAUUCCGAAAAAUCUGAUCCAGUCACAACCAAGUCACAGAAGAAAAGUAAGAACAAACAAACAAACACUGGCGAUAUUCAGAAGUAUUUGUCACCUAAAUCUCAACUUGGGUCAGCAUCACAGUCUGAAGUUGUACAAGAAGACAGGAAAGACUCUAUGUCUAAGGAAACUGACAGCAGUGAUGUGAAGAGCCCUACAUGGCAAGACACAGAAAUUGAGGAAGAUAUGCCAACACUUUCUCCUCAGAUAUGCCUUGAAGUUCAAGAACAAGGUGCACAAUCUUCAGUGGAGUCACCUAUGCCUCAGUUAUGUGCCAGUGGUAGAGAAUGGUGCCUUGAAGGAAAAGUCAAAACAAGACCAAGCAAUCAUGAAAAAGAGUUAUGUGUCAUAAAUCAUGAGGGACCUGAAGCCAGAGUUCCCUACUCUGGAGAAGCUGCAGUUAAGCCUUGUGGCAAAACAGAGAGUCGGUGCACUGUAUCAGAUAUGACACAGAUAAUUAGAAAUAACACAGUUGAGACAGAAAAUGAAGAGUCUCACCUACUGAUCUCCAAAAGAAAAAACCAGGAAUCUUUGUCUGAAGCAGUCAGGGAUCCAUGCUUUUCUGCAAAAAGAAGAAAAAUGUUCCCCAAAGCUUCCUCAGACCAAGAAGAAACAGAAAUCGACUUUACCCAAAAACUGAUAGAUUUGGAAUGUCUACUUUUUGAGAGACGUAAACAAGAAGAAGAGGACAGGUUAUUAGCAUUACAGCUUCAGAAAGAGGUGGAUCAAGAACAAAUGAGGCCAAACCGGCAAAAAGGAUCCCCAGAUGGAUAUCAGUUACGUGCUACGUCCUCACCUCCAGACAAAUUACUAAAUGGACAAAGGAAGAAUUCCAAAGAUAGAAACCUCAAAAGACAAACUGAUCUAGAGCAUCCAAAACCUAGGAGAGGCUCAAAAAAUGAAAAUUGGCAACCUUCUUUUAAGAUCCAGUUGAAACGUUCAGUUAAUGGAAGAAAGAUAACAAACUCUACUAGAGAUAAUUGUAAUGUACCUAAAACUCCUCAUUCCCUACAGCCUAGUAAGUCACAGAAAAGUAUUUUUCAGAUGUUUCAGAGAUACACAAAGUAGUGCUUGGGUAAGGGGAGUGUUGUAUAAUCUAGUGAAGCUCUCUAUCAUAGAUUCUUUAUACAUUUUUCAUUAAUUCUGCUCCGUGGGCAUACUCACUGUCCUUAAUUAAAGGACGGCGUGAUAUCAGGGGAGGAAUAUACAAAUGUGUUUCUGCCAAACUCGGUUGUAAGCAAGAGUCCCACUCCUUUCCUUUUUUAAUAACUGAUGUACUAAGUUUAAGUUGACAGUCCUUAUGGAUAUAAAAAUGCCUUGGCCAACUCCCAGGAAAUCUUCAUUUCCAUGCAUUUCCCCCCAUAUGCAUGUUUUGUGGCCUUCACGCACCUUUUUGUACUGACUAGUAAUCAAAGCAACAUUAUAAUAUACCAAGUAGCUAAGGAAUCCAGGUAAGGUUUAGAAUCUAAGUUUUCUUGCAACUUUCCCAUAUAUUUGCAGAGCACUUGAAGUACAUCUUCCAUAACACUAAAGUAAUCUAAUUUCCAUGUCCACUUCAAUUACUUUAAGUAUUACAGCAUUUUUUUUUUUUACUUAAAAUGGGUUAGGAUCAACGUGAAAGCAGAAAAAUCAGAGUUUUCUGGAAAAUUAGGACCUAGUUGACAGAAAGGAAACUAGACUCUUGAUGCGAAAGUAGCUAAGCUUGGGAUGAGGCUGAGUGGGGUAGAUUGACAAUUUGGAGGCCUUGAAACUGAGUGGAUGAUCAGACAACUGGGUCCAGGCUGGAGUAGCAGGUGUAGUUUGGCAAAGUAUUCUUCCUCGUGCUUUCUUUGCUAGAUGGCACAGAAAACAUCUGGGUUUUAACAGCUUUUCAUACCAUACUGUCUAAUCUGCUAUUCCAAAAAAAAGGGGGAAUUUACUGUAGAAGAGUUAUGUCGCAGUAUCCUAUGUUGUAGAACCUGACUAACCAUGUGUUUAUUUCCUUAUGUUAACCUUUGUAUUGAUACUGACUUUUAUUUGUGUUUAUGGACAAAAAUAGAAAGUAUGAUAUUUGGGUUUUGCCCUGUCUUACCCCCGAAAGUUAAAUCAGAAGGCUGCGAUUUCAUUUUGUGAAAUUUAACUUAGAGACUAUUAAUCUUUUGUUUCAUUAAUAUGAACAACUUUGAGCAAACAACCGUUUUAACAGCGUUGCUGCUGAUAUCUAGUUAGCCAUCCUUUUAAGGUAAUAAUGCAAUAAAAUGUCCUAGAGCUAAUAAUUCUAGCUUAAAUUUGUCAAUGUUUUUAUACAUAAUUAAGAUUUUUUUCCUCCAAAUUUUGUAACUGAAAUUCUGUAAUCUUUGCAUACUUGAUGGCGUGUACUUCAAUAUUGAUUGGGUAAUUAUGGGUAGAAUUCUGAUGCUAAUUUAAAAUUUAGUUUGCCCUUUCUCAAAAAUGAUUGUCCCCUGAGUAAUGACUGUGCUGAAAUGAAGUGUAGUUAGAAACUAACCAAAUUUGUCUAAAAUAGACUAAAAUAUAUAUAUCUUUUCAUCAAACCAAUAUUUUUUAAGACCAGUUUUGCUUUACAUUUUAGUGACUCUUCAAAUUAAAAGUUAUAUAAUUAAAUCUUCCUGGAAUAGUCCAUGACCAAAAAGGGGGGAAAAUAGUGUAAUGUAUUUAGGAUUUACAUAUAUAACCACUUAUUUGUCUGUGAAGAAGUCUUCCUGACUAAAGUUGGUUUUAAGAUAAAUUUUAAUUUCUCAAUUAGUCUUCCUGAUACUACCAUGUAUGCAUAUUUGU